GUAACAUGUUCUUAAAGCGAUCAUAAUAAUAGUUAUUGAAUCCAUUAGGGUUUUUAUAUAUCUUCUUUCUUCAACUACUCCUUUGACAACAACAAAAAAUGCACUCUAAUUAUGAUUACGAAAUACAUAAUGAUAGUGAUAUAGACGAUCAUUCAGAGAAAGAUUCACUUCCAAAAGCAUGGAGUGAUCUUAUUGAUCCAGAGUAUAAAUUAAAAUCUGAUGGAAUUGGAUCAGGGAACUUACAUAGAAAAGGACGUAAUUAUAAACCUGUAUCAGAAGAUAUUAUACUUAAUCAUCGUCAACAUAAUGCGCCCAUAAGGAGAUCAAGAGUAGCAAUUAAAGAACAUAAAAGAUUAAUAAAGCCAUCAAGUAAUGCUUAUAUAUCUUCGACUAUUAAUACAAGAGAUACGCAUAUAAGGUCAUCAAUCAAUCUUGAAAAUGAAUUUUCAAAUUCACGUUGGGGAGCACAACCAUUGACUUCAACUCCCUUUUGGGAAGAGAACAAGCAAACUAAUGAAAAAAAAGAUACAAUGAUAAAUUCAAACUCUAAAGAAGAAUCUUCAUCUACUGUAUUUAAUCCUUUAUAUCAUCAUAAUAAUAUAUGGAAACCCCUAUCCAGAGAAGAAAAUCCUAAUUUGAACUUCGAUAAAAACCAGUCUUCAAGCGAAAGAAAUGUAACAAAACCUAUUCGUGGUUUAUUGAAUACGUUAGCUAUACAUAAACAUCUUAAUUUGCCAACAACGACUUUAAAUCUUCAAAAAAAAAGUCCUUACUAUUGUACUAAUCAAGAUAAUAAUACUAUGUCAUUAAAUCCUAAACCACCAGAGAUAGUAAGAAGGGAUCAAACAAAUAACGAUAUAAAUGUCUUAUCUGAUUAUCUCGGAAACUCUCUUGAACCUAGCACAGAUCAUGAUCAUUUUCCUGCUCCUUUUUUAAAAAUUAAUAUUGAAUUCGCACCUGGUUUAAGUUCAAUGCUCUUAGUGUAUAGAGAUUCAAAUGCCAAAGAUUUGGUUGACACUUUUAUUCAAAAACAUAGACUAGAAUUAUCCAAUACUGCUAAAAAUAAUAUCAUCAAAAGUAUUCAUUUUUUAAUAGAAAAAAGGAGAAUAGAGUUGAUUCCUUAAUGGAGAGUAAAGAAGUUAAAUAAAUGCAAAUUAAAUUAUUAUUCUUGGUAGUUUCCUUCCUCCCCCCCUUUUUUUAUCUAUUCAAAGAAUGAAAGCUAAAUCAUAUUCUUAUAAUUUGUCAACUACUGUCCUUAACUUGAAAUUUAUAUACAAGCCAUAAAUACACUCGUAUGUCUUUUUAUUAUCAUUU